UUCGGUACCUUAGGUGAUAUUUUUAGCUGCCAUGCAGUUGAUAACCCCAAACCCCACUCGGAGCUCGAGAUGCUCAGACAGUAUGGACCAAAUGUGCCUGAGCCCAUCCUUCAGAAGCUUGUGGCUGCCUUUGGAGAGCUGAGGAGUUUGGCUGACCAAGGGAUUAUUAACUAUCCUUAUUCUACCAGAGAAGUUGUCAACAUAGUUAAACAUUUACAGAAAUUUCCCACUGAAGGUCUCUCCAGUGUAGUUCGAAAUGUGUUUGACUUUGAUUCCUACAACAACGACAUGAGGGAGAUAUUGAUUAACACAUUACACAAAUACGGGAUACCUAUUGGAGCAAAGCCUACCAGUGUGCAACUGGCAAAGGAGUUGCCUCUGCCAGAACAGACGUUCAUGGGCUACUGGACAAUUGGUCAGGCAAGAAGUGGGAUGCAAAAACUCUUGUGUCCAGUGGAAACUCAUCAUAUAGACAUAAAGGGUCCAGCACUUAUAAAUAUACAGGAGUAUCCAAUAGAAAGACAUGAAGAAAGAUCCCUAAACUUUACUGAAGAAUGUGCCUCCUGGAGAAUACCGCUGAAUGAAGUUAAUAUAAUCUGUGACAUUGCUACAUCACAUGAAAAUGAGCAAAAUACUCUCUAUGUCGUUACAUGCAAUCCUGCUUCCUUGUACUUUAUGAAUAUGACUGGGGAAAGUGGCUUCUUUGUGGACUUUUUUGAUAUCUUCACAAGAACAGCCAAUGGCAUUUGGCACCCUUUUAUGACAGUGGCACCGCUUGGAAGUCCUCUCAAAGGUCAAGUGGUUCUCCAUGAGCAGCAGAGUGAUGUUAUCCUGCUGUUAGAUACCACUGGCCGGGCCCUUCGUCGCCUCAUCCUCCCUUCAGAGAAACUUACACCUAAGAAACCUUUCUGGUGGAACAAAGAAGAAGCUGAAACUUAUAAAAUGUGUAAAGAAUUUUCACACAAAAACUGGCUGGUAUUCUACAAAGAAAAAGGGAACAGCCUGACUGUGCUGGAUGUUCUAGAAGGGCGAACUCACACCAUCUCACUUCCCAUCAAUCUCAAGACAGUUUUCCUUGUAGCAGAGGACAAAUGGCUUCUGGUGGAGAGCAAAACAAAUCAGAAAUAUCUUUUAACUAAGCCUGCAUACAUCGAGUCUGAGGGUAGUGGGGUUUGCCAGUUGUAUGUGCUGAACGAGGAGCCACCCAGCACGGGGUUUGGAGUUACACAAGAAACAGAGUUCAGCAUACCUCAUAAAAUUUCCAGUGAUCAACUAUCAUCUGAACAUCUAAGUUCAGCUGUGGAACAAAAGAUUGCCUCUCCCAACAGAAUUCUCUCAGAUGAGAACAAUUAUGCUACAAUAGUUGUUGGUUUUCCAGAUCUCAUGUCACCUAGUGAAGUUUAUUCUUGGAAGAGACCAUCAUCUUUGCAUAAGCGAAGUGGCACUGAUACAUUGUUCUAUAGCGGAAAGAAGAAAAGUGGGACUCCAAAACAAAGCAAUUGUGUGACUCUUUUAGAUUUGAAUCAGGUUGUGAGGAUUUUACCCCCAGGAGAAGUCCCUCUAAAAGAUAUCUACCCAAAAGAUGUUACUCCUCCACAAACAUCUGGUUAUAUAGAAGUCACUGAUCUUCAAUCAAAGAAACUCCGAUAUAUCCCUAUUCCCAGAUCAGAAUCUCUCUCGCCAUAUACCACAUGGCUGUCUACCAUUUCCGACACAGAUGUGCUGCUAGCUGAGUGGGACAAAAGCGGUGUUGUUACUGUUGAUAUGGGAGGUCACAUCAGGCUUUGGGAAACUGGACUUGAACAUCUGCAGCGAUCUCUCGUGGAAUGGAGAAACAUGAUUGGACAAGAUGACAGAAAUAUGCAGAUAACAAUCAACAGAGACAGUGGUGAAGAUGUAAGCUCCCCCAAACACGGGAAGGAGGACCCAGACAACAUGCCUCAUGUGGGCGGCAACACUUGGGCUGGCGGAACAGGGGGAAGAGACACGGCAGGCCUGGGUGGCAAAGGAGGCCCUUACCGGCUGGAUGCAGGCCAUACGGUGUACCAGGUCUCUCAGGCUGAGAAAGAUGCAGUUCCCGAGGAGGUCAAGAGAGCUGCUAGAGAGAUGGGCCAGAGAGCAUUCCAGCAGAGGCUAAAGGAGAUCCAAAUGAGUGAAUACGAUGCUGCAACCUAUGAAAGGUUUUCAGGUGCUGUUCGGCGACAGGUGCACUCCCUCCGAAUCAUCCUGGAUAAUUUACAGGCUAAAGGUAAAGAAAGACAGUGGCUAAGACAUCAAGCUACUGGGGAACUAGAUGACGCCAAGAUCAUUGAUGGGCUGACUGGAGAAAAAGCCAUCUACAAACGUCGGGGUGAGCUGGAGCCACAACUUGGCAGCCCACAACAGAAACCCAAGCGUCUGCGCCUGGUGGUGGAUGUGUCUGGUAGCAUGUACCGUUUCAACAGAAUGGAUGGCCGGCUCGAGCGCACGAUGGAGGCUGUGUGUAUGGUCAUGGAAGCCUUCGAGAACUAUGAGGAGAAGUUCAAGUAUGACAUCGUUGGACACUCUGGAGAUGGCUACAACAUUGGCCUGGUUCCAAUUCACAAAAUCCCCAAGGACAAUAAGCAAAGACUAGAAAUUCUGAAGACAAUGCAUGCCCACUCUCAGUUCUGCAUGAGUGGGGACCACACGUUAGAAGGGACAGAACAUGCCAUCAAGGAAAUUGUCAAAGAAGAAGCUGAUGAGUACUUUGUCAUAGUCUUGAGUGAUGCAAAUCUGUCACGAUAUGGAAUACAUCCUGCUAAGUUUGCUCAAAUCCUCACAAGUGACCCUCAAGUAAAUGCUUUUGCCAUUUUUAUUGGUUCUUUAGGUGAUCAAGCAACGAGGCUGCAGAGAACUUUACCAGCUGGUCGGUCUUUCGUUGCCAUGGAUACCAAGGACAUCCCUCAGAUUUUACAACAGAUCUUCACCUCCACCAUGUUGUCGAGUGUCUAAGAAGUGCUCUUCAUCACCCUGAUGACAGCAGGAUUUGAAAUAAGACAGGAAUAAGGAGUAUUCUGAAAAAGAGAUACGGAUGAAGUGAACCCAUGCAGUGACUGGAUGAUUCCGGCAUUCCUGGGUCUUCCUACACUUGUUCAGUAAUGAGAAUUCAGAAAAGCAGCCAGAGGGAGGCUUGAACAUGGAAAGAUGUUCCACUGAUGAGUUCAGAAGCUCAAGCUAGUUGGCCCGCACUUUAUCAAAGGUUGGGGUUAGAGGAAGGUGGUUUUGAGAACUAUGUGUUUGGUCUAUUUCCAAAAACCUGAGGGGGAAAAAAUACUUUGUUUUUGCCUUAACACAUCAUCUGGUCACCUAAGAUAAGAAAAGCAACCCCAUCAAGCCGAGCCUUUGGUGUGACAUUCUGACAUAAGAUGCAAAACCCACCAAAAUGCUCCUAUCCAAUAAUUAUUUUUUAUUUUCUCCCUGUUCUGCAUUGACCAGAAAACAAUGAUUUUAUAAUAUUUAACCCACCAAAAAGUCCCUCCAACAGCAAUAUUUUAUGAAAGGUUGGCUGUUCUCAAUAAUUUCAUUUUCUUGGCCAAAGUCAAAAGGAAUCAAAAAAUCCUUGGAGUGCUUGCCUUUCCAUGUGACUUUUAAAAGGCUCUUAAAUAAUAAAGAGCAAAUGUCCUCUUCUUCUUGCUGCUACAGUGGGAGGAGAAAGAUGUCUUGCCUUAAAAGUUUACUGUUUCUUCUGUUCUUCUAGCGUCUCUCAAAAAAUUCACAGUACUCCAUUUUGAGGUGCAAACUGGUAAUGCUCAAAAUAAUAAAUGUUUAUAAGAAAAUUCUUUAUUGAGAACAUUCAUACAAAAAUUACCUAAAGCAAAGUAAAAAAAGUAAAAUCAAGGUGGUAUAUUUGAAGUGAAUGGUGAUUGGAGAUUUCUUUAGCUGUAACAAACAAACAAAAAGAAAGAAAACAACUUUUUUUAAAGCCUCAUUCUUUUUUCUGUCAAAAUGUACCUUAUUCCCACACACUCUUGGACUGACCUUUGUUUUAUCAAUAGGCUCAAUAUCACUUUGUUUAAAAUCAAAUGCUUCAGCGGAAGUCAUUCUCUCUUUAACCGUAUAAUGUCAAAACUCCUCUUCACCAUUGAUAGCAAAAUCAGAAACUUUAGGGCACCAGUGAAUUGAAAAAACUGGUCUUAAAUUGGAAAAGCUAAUCUUAUUAAUAAUAUUAUCCUGUCCAUCCAUAUAUUUUGAAAUUGUACAGGUCCAUAAUUUCAUUUUAAUUAACUAUAGGAGAGAAGAGAAGAUAAUACCCAUUUGUUCCAUCACCCCCUCUCGCUGUCAUUAACUAUUAAAUAAAUAAAAGCUAUCUGCUUUCCAGCGCAGUACUA